AUGCGAAGUUCAAAACGGGGGAAUGUGAAGGGCUACUUCCUGGCUGGCCGCACCAUGCCUUGGGUAGCGGUUGGAGCUUCACUGUUUUCUAGUAACAUAGGGAGUGAGCACUUUAUUGGACUGGCGGGGGCCGGUGCAUCAACAGGGAUAGCCAUGAUUCUGUUCGAGUGGAGUCCGGUGUUUCUGAUAUUGCUGCUUGGCUGGUAUUUUAUCCCUGUCUAUAUUUCCGCUGGGGUGUACACCUUGCCAGAGUAUCUUGAGAAGCGUGUCGGAGGAAACAAGAUCCGGAUUUAUAUAUCGGUUUUGUUCCUGGUGCUCGCUGUUGUCACCAAACUAGCGGUGAAUAUGUUUGCUGGUGGCCUCUUCAUACAAAUGGCUACCGGAUGGAACAUGUACAUGUCUGUCAUCAUUUUGUUAGUGAUCACGGGAUUUUACACCAUACUGGGCGGACUCAAGGCGGUGAUGUAUACCGACACAUUCCAGGCAUUAGUCCUCACGCUCGGAGCUCUUCUCUUGUUUGGAAUAGCUUUCAGUCGUGUCGGGAGCUUGGAAAACCUGGAACGUUUGUAUAUGAAUGCAACUGCCACUAUCCAGAUCGCCAACAGUACCUGUGGCUUACCAAAGAAGGAUGCAUUCCACGUGUUCCUUGAUCCUGUUAAUGGCGAGCAACCCUGGCCAGGUCUACUUGUCUGUUCCUCUCUGGGAUGUGUCGCCUACUGGUGCUGUGACCAGGUUAUAGUACAAAGAUCUCUAGCGGCAAAGAGCCUUUCCCAUGCAAAAGGCGGUUCGGUUAUGGCUGCUUGCCUGAAACUGCUGCCGCUUUUCCUGAUGAUAUUGCCGGGAAUGAUAAGCCGAGUCUUGUUUCCUGAUGAGGUAGCUUGUGUGGACCCUGAUGAAUGUAUGCGAAUAUGUGAAAACCGCGUGGGAUGCUCAAACAUCGCUUAUCCGAAACUCGUGCUGGAGUUACUUCCCAAUGGUCUAAGGGGUUUUAUGAUGGCUGUGGUUCUCUCCGCCAUCAUGAGUUCCCUCACGUCAAUCUUUAACAGCUCAAGUACUUUGUUUACCAUGGAUUUGUGGAGACGAUUCAGGCCUAAAUCCACGCAGCGAGAAUUACUCCUCGUAGGCAGAGUCUUCAUCCUCUUCAUGUGUGUAUUGAGCAUCGUAUGGUUGCCUUUGAUCAAAAGCUCACAGGGAGGACAACUCUUUGCAUACCUCAACAUGGUCCUAGCAAGCCUAAUGGCACCAGCUGGCCCAGCAUUCCUCAUGGCAAUAUUUUGGAAGGGAACGACAGAAAUAGGAGUAAUUGGUGGCCUGCUUCUAACUCACAUCUGUGGCAUCGUACGUCUGGUUUUAGAAUUUACAUACCCAGCGCCACCUUGUGGGGAACCGGAGACCCGACCAGCAAUUCUCUACAAAUUUCAUUUCCUGUACUUUGGAUUUUUUAAUGUGUUUCUAGCGUUUGUGGCUAUAGCGUUGAUCAGCCUGAUGACACGACGACGGACCGAUGAGGAGCUACAACAUGUGACCUGGUGGACAAGAGUUAAUGCCCCUGAUACGAUACCGGAAGACAAAGAUGAGGAGUACGCGGCCGUCGACAACGAUGACAUCAACCUUAAGCCGGUGGAUGGUGUAGCGGUCAUCGAUAAACCGACUGGCGAGAAAUACGUGUCAGAUGAUGAAACCAACCUAGAUGAUGAGGCAUCCAUGAUAGCAGGCGCACCAAGGCCAUGUUUGAUCAAACUUACCUCGUUCCUGUUGGGAGAACCCGAACAAGGAAGGGAGAUAACUAGGAUGUCGUUACGACAGAAACAAAUAUUUAUGACUGAACGGAAGGGGUACAAAUGGCUACUAAACGCUUUGGCCGUCUGUAUGAUCGGGAUCGUAAUGUUCCUUGCUGGAUAUUUCGCGUGAUGUGCACGUAAUGGAGAGAGUAUAUUAGAGUGAUCUUCGUUUUAGCCAUGUUAGACUUUCGGAUUAGCUUUACAGAUAUGAUUUCAAAGUUUGGUGACUUACGUAUACUAAACGUAACGAAAACAAGAAAUCAUUAUACGUUAUACUGUAUCAUUAUACGUUAUACUGUAUCAUUAUACGUUAUACUGUAUCAGUAUACGUUAUACUGUAUCAGUAUACAUAGUAUUUUUCAUCAGCCAUGUGUCUUAUACGUAAAUACUCGACAUGUUAAGUCAUGCUAUGGUUUACAUUGAUGCGUAUUAUAUUUAAAACAUAACAAUAUGAUUGAUUAAACACAUUUAUUUUAGGUUAGUCUCCUCCGUUUUCCUUUGUAACUUAUGUUAAUCUAUUUAUUUUGUAGCUGUGGUAACAUGUAGUCCUCUCAUGUAUACGUUGUAACUUAUACAGUACUGUGUUACACAUGUGAGUUGUUCGCUCGUUGUAACUUUGUUACACUUAAGUAGUAUAGUUUUAACUUAGUUUGGUCCUCUCAGGUAUAUGUUUCACCUUCGAUGAAACGUCUUCAUCAGUAGUAUACAUUGUAACUCAAGUUAGUCCCGGGUGUUUUUUUAAAUUAGGUUAGUCCUCUCCAUUAAACGUUUUAACUAAGCUUAGUCGUUUAUGAUUAACGUUGUGAUUUAAGAUAUUUCUAACUUGGAACAGUUGUUUGCCUUUGAAUCUCUAUCUACAAUUUCAUUAUCCCACACACCUGUUAAUUUACAACAGGCAAAAAGAAAUAUUAAAUAUUUGUUAUAAACCAUUCUUUUCCGGCUCAAAUGUCCAUCUUAUACAAAAUGAUUGUAUAGAUAAAGAUAAACAUUAACUGUUAGACAUCACUGAACUUACUACGAUGGAAACAGCGAUAUUUAUAUAGCACAACAUUAGUGCGUGAUGAUCACACAAGUAUUUGCCUAUUUGCUUACCUGUACACGUUUCGUUUUCAAUGAAGGCUCCAUUUAACAAAAGGGGAUGUAUAUACUAAUAAGAACUGAGAUUAUUAUCGUAUACACUGCUACUAGUAUAACGUAGUAUUAGUAACUAUACAAAAAUACAACGUCCUUGAAACAUCGCAUGAUGUCAGAGUGCAAUGACAGAUUCCAAUACCAUACAUGCUGGUGAACAAGUUUAAAGUAAUAAUCAAACAAAUCAGAUCCAAACGUUCUGAAUUAUAUAUAAUCAAGUCGUAAAAUACAAAUAACAGUAAAACUGAAUUUCUCUAUCCAAAGACUGUCGCUAUCGAUAAAAUUAUGAAGUUUUGACAUAGCAUUUCUCUGUUCUUGUUUUUAUUAAUUUUCGUUUGUUUCCUUUUUUAUUUUAUUU